AUGACAAAAACACUAGAAAAGAUGUUUUUGGCUAAUGUCAUUUUAUAUCUUGAGACAUUAGAAACACUUUACCAAUUUCAAAUGAUUAACUCUAAAUGUUUUGAUGCAGUUAAAAUGUUAAGAAUAAAUCCAGGAUUAAAACCUCAAAAUAUGAUUAACAAUCCCGAAGAAAUGACAUCAGUUGGUUAUUCAUUUACCAAGGAACUUCAAUUCUUUCCUCUUCUUGAAACAUUAAAACUAACUUUUUUCUCUCCAUUGAUUUUGUGUUGCAUACCAACGUCAGUUAAACGAAUUUAUCUACAAAAAGAAAUUGACGAUGAACAGGUGAGUUUUUUAUUACCAUUAAAAGAAAAAAUAGUAGAAUUAAAAUUAUUUACUUAUGACUCUCCUAUAGAUUUAGAACAAUUCCCUUUGUUAACUAAAAUUUCAUUAAGGACUUAUUGUUCUGUACCAACAACUACUAAUUACCUUGAACAAUUCUUUACCAACAAAAACCAUAGAUUUGAAUUAGUUCAUGUGAAGAUGUUAAAAUUUUUUGAAGAAUCAUUCAUUCAAACAUUAAACGAAUAUAAUAUUCGAUCACUUGUAAUUGACUUAAAUGAUUUAAAUCAAAUCAGAAAGGUACUUGAUAUUAGUACUAAAUGUAUACGAGAUAUUAAAAUUUGUUGUAGUUCUUGGAUAGAAGGACUUAACUCUAAAGUUGUAACUGUCAAUGAUAACUGGACGUACCAAAAAAAUAUUCAAUUUGAGGAAUUGUUAAAGGAGAUGUAUAUUCCAAAACUUAAUGUUAUUAACUUACAAGAAAUAAAUUUGAAAAAAUUUGAUUUUUUAAGAAGUUUAUCAUUUGAUAAAUGUGAAGUGGAUGCAUUCAACCUCCCAAAAGAAAUACAUCAUAUAACAUUAAAAGAAAGUGACAUAUUUCAUAUAGAACAAUUAACUUCUUUACAAGAACUUAUUUUAAUAAAUUGUACUUUUCUUUCUUCUUUACCAAUUCAUUGUACAAAAUUAAAAAUGGAUCAAUGUCUAUUUAACAUACCAAAAAUCCCAAUAGAUAAUGAACUAAAAGAAUUAGACUUAUUUAAAUCAAAUGCAGAUAUUUCUUACUUUACGAAUCUAACCAAUCUUUGUUUUAAUUCAAUCAAGAUAAGCAAUAAAUUACCUAAAAUGAACCAACUAAAAAGGUUAUCAUUUACACGUUGUGUUAUAAAAAUACAGAUUGAUGUUCCUUCUUCAGUAACUUAUUUUUGUAUUUCCACUAUGAGUGAUAAAAUGAUCUCUCUUUCUGAAGCUAAAAAUAUUAAAAGAAUAAAAUGUGUAGAUAUAGUAAAUGAAAUUAACUUAGAUGAAUUAUAUUAUUAUCCUGUUCAUCAAAAAGUUGGAAACCAAUUGCAAAAUAUUAUUGAAAAUGCUAAUGAAUUAAUUUGUACGCCACUAAUAAUUAAUGACUUUAUUUCAAAACCAAACAAAAUAAAAAAGCUUAUCCUUAUUUCACAGUCUUCUGUACAUACUAUUAGUUCUAUGAUCAUCGACUUACAUUCAUGGGAAAGUUUAAAUGAACUUUGGAUUGAAACGUCAGAUAACAAAUUUAUUUUACCAAUUACAUUAAAGAAAUUACUCAUUAAGUCUUGUUACAAUAUUAUCAUUAAUAAUUUAGAAGAUAUACUAUUGAAAGAAGUUUAUCUGGAAUGUAAUACAUCUAUUAUUCCUCAUCUUAAUUCCUCUGUUGAAAAACUUUAUUUUGAUACAUACAAUAAAGAAGUUAAUAUUCAACUCCUUAAACGUUUCCCACAUUUAUUUUCAAUAGAAUAA